AUGUUGUUGCCCCGAAACAAAGUGAGCUUGGCGACCGCGCUAUGGCUCCUCAUGAUGGCACUGACCAUAUUAUUAUCAUCAUUUGAUCCACGUUUUAUGGCAUCAUCAUCAUCAAUUGUCCAAGCAAAACAAGUCCCCAAGUUCAUUCGAGUCAUUCAAACUGCACAACACACUUCCGAUCGACUCACUCCCGUUGCUCCUCUAUAUUUCAAAAAGAGAAAUGAUGUCAGGGCUUCAUUUGAUCCAUCCCGCAUCCAACAACGUCAAGGAAAUACAGAUGAGCCAAAUAUUGUGUUGCUUAAUCCGAAUCAUCUUCUCCAAAAGAUCAUUGGCUUUGGAUGUGCCAUUACUGAGAGUGCCAGUUUUGUUUUUUCAACCAUGAACGAGCGAUUAAAACAAGACAUUCUCAAUUUGUAUUGGUCUCCUUCUGGGUUAAAUUACACCAUUGGGAGAAUUCCAAUGAACUCGUGCGACUUUGCCUUAGGAACCUACAGCUGUGAUGAUACGGCCAAUGAUUUUGAAUUGAAAGACUUUUCGAUACAACGGGAUAAGCUCUACAAGUUACCUAUGGCCCUGCGAGUGGUGAACACGACGGCAACUUUUCAUGGAAAGCCUCUCAAGUUGUUCUUAUCUCCUUGGUCUCCUCCUGCAUGGAUGAAAACCAAUCAUGAUAUGAAUGGCAGUGGUUUACCUUUGGGAUUGAUCAAUAAUACUCAAGUAUUGAAAUCAUGGGCCUUGUAUUUCAGCAAGUACGUUGAAGCAUACAAGAGAGAAGGAAUUAACUUUUGGGGAUUAACCGUACAGAACGAGCCAGAAUAUGCCGCGCCCUAUGAAGCCUGUGUAUAUACUGCUGAAUAUCAACGUGAUUUCAUCAAGUAUUAUUUGGGACCUCUUAUGAAGAGUACUCACCCAGAUGUCAAUAUCAUGAUUUAUGAUCACAAUCGAGAUCAUGUUCAUUUGUGGGCUCAAACUAUUUAUGCUGAUAAGGAAGCUGCAAAAUAUGUGGCUGGAACUGCAUUCCACUGGUAUUCAGAUGGUACCUACGAACACUUAGAUUUAGUGUAUGACAUGGCUCCGGAAAAGAUUUUGCUCGGAACAGAAGCAACGCAAGGCCCCAACGUGAAUUACGGUGAUUGGACAAGAGGUGAAUCAUAUGGAUAUGAUAUUAUUAAUGAUUUACAACAUUAUGCACAAGGAUGGACUGACUGGAACUGUCUUCUAGAUGCAGUUGGAGGUCCAACACACAUGAAUAAUUGGUGUGACGCGUUAAUUGUAGCCAACAACAAGACUCAAUCACUUUACUUGCAACCAAUGUACUAUUAUAUGGGCCACUUUUCAAAAUUCAUACUUCAAGAUUCAAGACGAAUUUCACUUGUUCAGUCGAGCAAUGAUCUGUUAGUGACAUCCUUCUUGACACCCGAGAAUAAUAUUGUUAUUGUUACCAUGAAUAAUAAGGAUACUGCCUUGAAGCUUCAGCUCUUAGAUUUGAAUGUUGGAUUGGACUAUUACGUAGACGUUGAGCUACCACCACAUAGUAUUCGAACAAUGAUAUAUCCAUAUGAAAAGUAA